GGGUUAAUUCCGUAAAUCAUUCAAGUGGCUAGGUUAGCAUACAACCAUAUCGUUCUCUCUCCUUCCUCUAUCAAAUUCAGAAAUUUCCGGCAGGAGCAGCGCCAGUAGCUGCACCGCCUAAGGUGAACCUUGUAUGUUAGGUUGAAGUUAUAGCAGGGAAAAUGAGCAAGAAGAACCCUCUGGUAUUUUUAGAUGUGUCUAUUGAUGGUGAUCCUGCUGAAAGAAUGGUCUUUGAGCUCUUCUGUGACAUUGCUCCAAAGACUGCAGAAAACUUCCGUGCCUUAUGUACUGGAGAGAAAGGGAUUAGUAAAAAGAGUGGAAAGCCUCUACACUACAAAGGAUCCUUUUUCCAUCGAAUAGUCAAGGGGUCAAUGGCGCAGGCUGGAGAUUUUUUAAGAAGAGACGGUAGUUUUGGAGAAAGCAUUUAUGGAGAGAGAUUUCCAGAAGAAUCUCCUAAGCACAAGCAUGAUAGACGAGGUCUGCUCUCAAUGGCAAUUGCUGAUCAGGAUGCACGAGGUUCUUUGUUUUCCAUAACCUUUGAAGCUGAUCAUCAUCUUGACAGGAAGUAUGUAGCCUUCGGGAAACUUGUUGAAGGUGAUGAUAUUCUCCUGAAGAUUGAAAAUGAAGGUGAUGAAGAAGGUAGACCUGCAGUUACAGUAAAGAUCGUUAAUAGUGGUGAAUUGCUUGAGGAUAAAAAGAAGGGCAACAGAUUGAAAGUGGGGAAAGAUGCUCUAUCUGAGGGCAAUAGUCAGGAGAUACGUCGUAAAAAGCACAAGAAGUCUUCAAGAGACAAAAGGAGAAAGAGGAGAAGAUAUUCUAGUUCUGAAUCAGAUAGUACCUCAGACAGUGAAUCUGAUUCAUCAGACUCUGACAGUGAUUCCGACACAUCUUCUCUUUCGGAAAGUGAUUCCAGUACUUCAAGUGAUGGAAAAUAUAAAAAGAGAAAGAGAUCUUCAAAGCGCCGUAAGUACAGACAUGGAAAAAGGAAGGAUAAACAUGAUAAGAAGAAGCGGCAUGCAAAGAGAUCAAAGCGUAAAUCUAAAAGGGCAUCAAGGUCUGAGUCAGAAAGCAGUAGUUCAGAGGACAAAGUUGUUGUGGCUCAAAAAAGUGAUGGCAGAGAACCCCCAUUUUCCGAGGGAGUUGCUUCUGCUGAGAAUCACAAGACAUUAGAAGAUGCUGAGAUGACAGUGAGAGAAGAAACUGAAUAUCCCAAGGAAAAUGGAGAUCGACAGAGCAACGGCGUUGAACUUGUUACUAAGCCGGACAGAAGUGCAGAUAAGCCUGACAUAGUGGAUGAUCACCCUGGAAAAUCUAGGAGCAGAAGCUUCAGCCCUAAAAGGAGUGUGAGCAAGAGUAUGAGUAUUAGCCCAAAAAGGAGUUUGAGCCCAAAGAGUGUUAGUAGGAGCAUAAGCAGAAGUCCAGUUAGAAGAAGCCCUAGCCCAGUAAGAGCACGAUCAAAUUCAAGAAGCAUUAGCCGUAGCCCACUUAAAGCAAGAUCUAGAAGCAUUAGCCGUAGCCCACUUAAAGCAAGAUCCAGAAGCAUUAGCCGCAGUCCAACUGUAUCCCCACCAGUUAGAGCAAGAUCUAGAAGCCUGAGCCGAACUCCUCCACUGAGGAAAUCUUCAAGAUCAAGAAAGCCUGUCAGCAGAAGCCCGGUUAGGUCUUCCAGAAGAAGCAUUAGUAGAAGCCCCGUUAGAGCACCAUCUAAUUCUAGGAGAAGAAGAAGCCCAAGUAGAAGUCCAAUAAGAGUACAUUCGAGGUAUAAACGUCGCAGUUAUUCUAGGAGUCCCGUUAUAAGUCCAGGACGCAAAGAUAAGUCUCCUAUUUCACCUGAUCGAAGAAGGAGCUCUUCAAGAAGCCGUUCACCUGAUGGCUCAGCUAAGCGCAUUAGGAGAGGAAGAGGUUUUAGUGAUCGAUUUUCUUAUGCACGUAGAUACAGGACCCCCUCUCCUGGCCGCCAUCGUUUUGGGAGGAAUGAUCGAGACGGAUAUUCAAGUUACAGGAGACAUAGGAGCCCUCCCAGAGGAAGAACUCCCCCAAGAUACAACCGAAGCAGCGGUCGGAACAACAGGUCGAGGAGUCCUUUAUCAAGAAGCCCAAUUCGAUACCGUAACAGACGUUACAGUCGUAGUCCUACUCCUGCCCGUAAAAGUCGCUCUCCCAUUGAAGCUUCCAGAAACCGAGAUUCUUCCCCCGCAAUUCCCAACAGGCGAAGGUCAUCACCACCCAGUCGUCGUAGCAGCAGAAGCCCAUCAACAACAUCAAAGUCGUCUGUCAGCAAAUCAAGGUCGAGGUCAAAGUCGAAGUCUUCUCGGUCUGAAAGCAGCCCUCCUCCAAGUAAGAAAGGACUUGUCUCGUACGAUGAGGAAGGGUCACCUGAUUCUGGCCGGAGGUAAGGCGGGGAAGUUGUGUGGUGCAGUGGCGGCAACCAUUCUUUUAUGUGCCGUGUUUUUGUUUGUUUAGCAAAUGUACUCUUUUAACUAUGGAUAGACGGUGUUACUUUUUUAUUGUCGGAUCUGAAAAAUGUUGCUUUUCUUGUAAUGGGGGAAGAUUCUUAUCUUGUUUUGUUUCUCAGAGAUUGUGUUAGCUGAAUUUAUUCUACUAAAGAAGAGGUCUGAUUUUCAACUAGA